CGGAUUUUGCUGCUCAUUUUCUCUGGAGAGGACCCCCAUUCUUCAUUCGUGCUGGGAAGGUUGUGAUAAGUGAAGAGUCUUCGAGUCUUCGAGUCUUCGAGUCUUCGAGUGUGCCUGUCUCGUGCAACAUAUCUACCUACGGUAGGAAGAGCAGCAUCACGAGUGGCUCGGAGGUCAAGUUGUGUAGCAGAAUCGUGAGGGGUGCAGCAUCCAACCAACAUAGCGCUCUUAGCCUCGUGUACAGGCAUUCGUAGUAAUGUCAACAAUGAAGGAAGCCUUAAAGCAGGUGGCUCUUGAAGUUGUCAAGGGUGCGGCCAAUGAAGGCGGGACGCAAGCAGUCAAUGCUGCUAUUGGGCAGCCUUUGCAACUGGUGGGAGCAGCGGCGGAGGCUGGCUGUCAGUUAACCCCCUUGGCGCUCUUAAACAUGGGCCUUGGGGUUGCCAAUCUUGCCGUAGGGGCAACUGGCCUCGGAGUGGGCAUCUUCAAUGCUUACCAGGUCCUCAAAAUAAAGAAGGGCCUGGGGGUGUUGCAGCUCCAGACGGCAAGCAUUGGGGUUAAGAUGCAAGCUGAGCUGGGAAACGUUGCGGCCCAGGUCCAGAGUGUCGGGGCUGACGUGAGCAGGCUUUCUAUGCAGCUUGAGGGCCUUGUCAUUGCUGAGGGCGCGCAAACCAGGAUUGCGAUAAGUGAGAUGAAGCAUCAUCUAGAUCUGCGGUUGGAUCGAGUUGACCAGCUUUUGGUGUGGGUCGGAAAGUCGGUCGCUGAGAAGCACGACGCACUCUCGCAGCAGAUUGCAGAGCUGCAAGAGGACAUUCAUGCUCUACACAGACUCGCCGAAGAAGAUGAGCUCCAGUGCAGCAUGCUCCGGGUCGCUACUACAUACCGUGACGUGCUGUUUCAGCUGCCGUCUGGGGAAGGGAGUGCUCACGAGUGCCAGGAGCUUCAACGAGUUGCCAAGGACCUGGCGGUCUUGGCAUUGUCCAGAUUGAAUCGCUAUAAGCCGGGAGACCUCUGUCGUGGCCCCUUGAUGGUGGCCCGCGUGUAUGCUCUUGUGACUGAGGUCGAUGCUCGGAUUCUUGGGGAGAUGCAGACGAAGUCCGCCAAUUUUGCAGAUGGCCUGGUACCUGUGCAGAGUUCCCAGCGACGCCUCUGUGUGCAGAAGCUGGCCGAUCUAGCGCGGGAACUGGAAAAGGAGGCUCACGCGCUUCUUCAGUCCCAGGCAUGCUCCCCUUACGCCCUUGCAGUGGACGUUGCUCCCGUCUUGUCGCGGUAUGCCCUCCUGCACCGAAGUAUUGAGGCCAAGCAAGGGUCAGGGGGGCCCAUUGUCCUCGAGCUUCAGGAAGCGAGUCUCAUUGCUGGGGAGCCACAGGUUGCUGUGCGCUGGGACGACGGCCUUGAUAGCAUGCGGGUACUGUGUUCCGCUUUAGCAAGCGGCGAAAGCGGUGAUGGCUCUGAGUGGCUCGAGGUGCGGACGGUGGCGGAUGCCAUGUGGUUUGCGGAGUUGUUGGGGAGGCGCGUUGAGGAAUGCCUGUUUGCCGAUGUGCACCGCAUCAGGAGGCGGGUGUUGUUGGACGCUCUUGGGGUUCCCGAGACGCUCGGGGAUGGCAGCAAGCUGGAUGGGACGGGUUUGAAUGCACUGAAAGCAUUUUCGGUGCUGCGACUGAGGAAAACAACAGAAGCUGCAGUAAAUGCCGCCUUUGGCAGCUUGGAGACGCCCCUUGUGAUGCCGGCAUGGACCGAGGUGCUCGAAGUGAUUGGGAAGGACGGCGACAGCGGUCUUCAUGGCACAGCAAUAGCGGAAGGUAUGGGAGUACAAGGCGAUGUGCUUCUCUCCUGUGGGGAAAAAUCCAAGGGAGACAAGUCGGACGAAUACUACAAGCUCGCUCGCCAACGUGAAUCUACUGGGGAUCAGGCGCGGGCCGUUCAACACAACAUUCUGGAGGCGGAACAUGGAAACCCAAAAGCUGAACUGGAGCUGGGAAUGCGGUACCUGGUUGGAAUUGGGGUCGCGGUUGACUUCAAGUUGGCGUUCAAGUGGUUUGAGAGAGCUGCAACUCAGGGGGACGCUGGGGCGCAGUUCAUGCUGGCUCGAUGCUACGAGCUCGGCAAUGGAACGAAGCUUGACGUUGCUACAGCUUCGCAAUGGUAUGCGAGGGCUGUGGACGGUUGGGGCCUCCGCGAUCUAGGCCCAUGGUUCUCGCUGAAUCCCAAAGCUGGGCUCGCCAAGGCUCUGCAGCUCGACAGGUUUCGCCCCAUGCUGGCGCAGAAAAUAUUCGGUUUGGCAGUCCCCGCAUCGAUGUACGGCGGAAUUCGGGCAUACGGGGCGCUAGCAAGCCUGUCCGUGUCAGUCGGGGCGCUGAGGGGGCUCGCGAGCCUGGACCUGAAGAGAUGCGAGGCGUUGGCGAGCCUGCCGGAGGCGGUCACGGUAUUGAUGGUUAAAGGUGACGCAAGAACGCAAUUCAGCUUGGGCUGCUCCUACGCCAGCGACACGGGCGUGGAGAAGGACGAGGCGCGCGCCGCCGAGCUGUACUCGAAGGCCGCCGAGCGGGGCGACGCGGCGGCGCAGUGCUUCCUGGGCAUGUGCUACGCACGAAGUAGGGGUGUCGAUAAGGACGGGGCGAAAGCGGUCAAGUGGAUGCGAACGGCUGCUCAGCAAGGGGACCCCGGCAUUAAGGCCAAUCUGGCGGAGUACUUGAUGGAGGGUCUAGGAGGUGCACCAAACUGGGUCGAGGCGUUGCAAUUGUUCCAGUCUUCGUUGGUUUCAAAGGCACCUUCGAAAGUCACGUCAGCUUGGAUGCUCUACGGUGGUCAGAAUGGAGUCCAACGGGACAAGCUGAAGGCAAGGACGAUGUGCGAGGAGGUCCUGACGACGGAGGAUCUGGAAGACCAACUCGAGAGUUGGGAAGCGGUCGGCUGGACUUGGCCAGCUGCAUUGGAGUGGUUCCGAAGCGAAGUCUGGCGCACGGACGAACCGUCCGGCGAGGCCCUCGAGCGAGGCGAAGGCGAGAGGGGAUCGCUUCGAAAAGCGGAGGGAAAUGGGAGAGGAACUCCAGCGCAUCUCGAAAAGGGCGCUCUGGCCGGAGCAUCCAGACGUGGCGACUCUGCGGAAGAGAAGGGGGAGUCGCAUAGAGGCGGUGCUGCCGUGCGAGCGAGCGCUGGACUUCCGAGAGAAGCGCUGGGCCCAGGGAGCCGGCCGAAACUUGCUACUCUGCGUCGCUUCUCUCGCGUUGCUAUCAUCGUUUCUGUCAUCGUCGCCAUUAUUGCUAUCGCCGUUGCCGUAAAUCAGAAACAAGUCCGCGACACUUAAUGCUUCAGUUUACCUCAGCUAGUCAUCAUCUACAUCACUCUCUCCCGUCUUAUUUUUUGGGUCGGACAGAAUAGCGUCCGGUUUGGGCGACAUUUCUCGCGAAAAUGGUAAUAUACAGCGACGAUAUGAAUGCCCGACGGUUUAGCAGCG